CACACCGACCACAAAAUCUACAAUGGCACACAUGCGCACUUCCAUGAUGCCAUUUCUUGAGAGUAGGGACAUCUGCAUUCAAUCAGUUUUGAUGAAGUUGAAGGAUAUUAUUGGACAUGAGAAGGAGAAAACUUUUCGCAGAGAUAACAACUUUCUCAAUCUUGUAAUCAGAAAUGCUGUCCUUUCAACUGGAACAAGAUCAAUUAAGGGGUUUGAAUUCCACAGACUAAUUCAAAAGAUCAAACAGCAUGUCACAAACCUGGAUGCUGAUAAUAAGGUCCUGAUGAGCAUGAUUAAAAAACAAUUGCUGGGCUGUAUAAAGCACUUAAAAAAAGGCAAGCCUCACCAGACCGAGAUUACAGGAAAAUGAAAAAAGCAGCACAAAAACUAUCUUUGCCCACAGAUGAAAUGGAAGGUGAUGUUGAAGAGCUGUUGAAAUCUGGGAAUCUAAUUUGUCUUUUGGGCAACGAUGGUUUCCCAGUAGCGAAGGCAAAUGUUACAGCAUUCCCCUGCACAGAUCUGUGUGAGUAUUGAGUAUACAUCCUUACUUUUUUUUUUAGGAACAUUUGAUAACUUAAAACCAAUCCUGUUUAUGUAGUCAAAUGCACCCGAGCAUUCCACGAGAUAACUUCAGCUGUCACGUGACUCUUCACUAGUCAGCCAAAAUGACGGUGAUGUCUACUGUAACUAAACCAAUGACCGUUCGCAGUUUCAUAUUCAUUUGUAAGACGCUAGAAUAUGAAAGAAAUAUGACCAGGAAUUGAGGACAAGUUGUAACAAACUACAUUGCCGUUUUUCGUGAAGAUUUUAUUAAAUAAGGUUAUUAUUUGUUGUUUGAAAAGAAUCUAAUGAUUAUGAUCCGUGACUGAUGUACUGGCGGUGUAAAAAUUAUAUAUGUCUCGUCGGACAACGCGACAGCAAUUUUCUAUCAGAGUUAAAAUGUGUUACUUA